AUGGGCGACCGCCAGCGCAAAGGCUUGUUUGGUUUGAUCAGCUCCGGCAUAGGGAUGGCAGCCGAAUAUACAUAUGCAGAUGCUGCUAGCUCUUCAGGCCGGACACUAGAGGCUGAACCAUCCGCAUCAGACGAGAAGCGACGUAGUGUUGGUCCAAGUGAUCUUACCGAUCCCGAGUCGUUCAGCUCGGACGAUGAGUCCACAGAAGACGACGAAGAAAUUUGGGAGCUGGACGACGCAAUCACGUCUGAAGAUAGCAAAGAUGGCCUUCCUUCAUACGAAGAGUCUGAAGCGACCAAGCAACUCGAGCCCACUGAGGAUCUUGUGAAAGACGUCAUGAGCACUUCAGCAGCUCACGAAGUAGCACAGCCGAGCAGCUCCCGACCACAGAACCCUUUGCCAUGCCCUGUCAUCAUACCUCAGAGACGACCACGCAAGAAGUCUCGAGGCUUCGUGCAAGCCUAUGCUCCGGUCCUUCAAAACGCCGGCAUCGAUCAAGCUACAUUCCUCACAUUUCUGAAGAACUUCCAUAAAUCGUCCCAAGCUCACCCAAUUCUACCUAUUAUCCAGGUGGCAGCAGGAAUUGCAGGAUUUGCACCUGGAGUCAUAGCAUUGGCUGUCACGACCGGAGUCCAAAUCGCAGCUAGAGUAGCGGCUGAAACACAAGAACGAUACAAAACCAACACUUUUCUGGACAAGAUGAAUCAGGAACUAUUUCAGCCGGCAGGUCUGUACGCCAUGAUCGUCAAAUACAAAUCAGACGCAGAAAUGGAAGACUCUGCGCGAAGGACUGGUCUAAUCAGCAAUCUGAUCAAACCGCAAACGGUCGACCUGUCUACAAAUCAGGUUAUAGCCAAAUACUCAGGUGAAGACAGCAGUGCCGGUAUGAGUUCACGCAUGCAAAAUCUCCGCAUCUCGAGCACAACGUCCUCGGGACAACUCUCCCUCCCAGAAUGUGCUCCCUUGGUCUUCCCUGCAAUUGACGAGAAGUUCAAUUCAUCCACUGGUCCAGAGACUUUCAAGGAUAAAACCAAAGAUGCUCAACGCUUUCUCUCAGACUAUCUAGAUCGCAGAGCACAAAUGCAAUAUGCCGCACAAGGCAGUAAUCCGGAACAGCUCACCGUGCCACAAGGCGAAAGAGGCUUCAAGAGUUCUUUGGCUGAUCCCAACCAUGCUAUGCAUUCGGGAGGUCUUGUGGCGCUUGUAAGCGGUGGCAAGCUGACGCCGAGAAGAGACAAGAGAGAGAGGAAAAUGGAAAGGCGAGAAGAGAAGAUCAUGACCAUGGUCACGGCGCAGAAUUCGGUUACGGUCGUGGAGGCUUUGGGCGAGGCAGAGCAGGAUUUGGACAUGGCAGAGGCGGCUUUGAUGGCCGUGGUCGUGGCCGUGGAGGAUUUGGAGCUUUUGAAAGAAGAGGCUUCGGCAGCAGUGCCGGCUACGAUGACUACCAUUGGGGUCAAGCUCUUGGUGAAGAAGCAGAGUAUGGUGAUGAUGUUGCAGGGCCGAGCUCGUCUUCUCACACAGAUGCGUACCAACGCAGAUCCAGACGAGGAAGGAGGAAUCGGAGUCAGAGGGGUGGCGGUGGUCCGUGAUGCAGAACUGGCUGAGGCUCGAGAUGAGCUGGCAAGAGCAAAGGGACUUACUGGGUAG